AUGACGGCGGGUACCACUGUUAUAAACAGUGACAGUCAGCUAACGUCGCUUCACCGCCGUUUCCCAUUCUCUUUCUUACUCUCUCGCUCCCUCACUCACUCUCUCUUCAUAACUUACUGCCUUCUGUGCUUACCUUACAGUUCACGCCAAACGCCUGCACUUUCUCUCUCUUACUCCCUCUCUCUCUACCAAGCAACAACCUCUGUAGUCACUGCAUUUCUCGUACCUGGUGUUGUUGGUUCUUCUUCCGUUACUGGGUGGAGGCUAGCAAUGGUUGAUGAUAGGUUUGUGCUGCUAUUCUAUGCCGGCAACCGCAGGUGGAGGAGGUUUCUGCUGUCUCCUGUGGCAAUGGUGCUUCUCGUGAUGUUCCUUCUCUCACCAUUUUCCUUGUCACUCAGUGAAGAAGGACAAACAUUGAUGACAAUCAAGGCUUCCUUCAGCAAUAUAGCAGACGUUCUGCUUGAUUGGGAUGACGUGCACAAUGAUGAUUUCUGCUCUUGGCGUGGAGUUUUCUGUGAUAAUGUUAGCCUUACUGUGGUAUCUUUGAAUCUGUCGAGUUUGAACCUGGGUGGGGAGAUAUCACCAGCCAUUGGUGAUUUAGGAAACUUGCAAUCCAUAGACCUGCAAGGGAAUAAACUAACCGGUCAAAUCCCAGAUGAAAUUGGGAACUGUGCUGCACUUAUUCAUCUGGAUUUGUCUGAUAAUCAGCUCUAUGGUGAUAUACCUUUCUCCAUCUCAAAGCUAAAGCAACUUGAGUUUUUGAAUUUGAAGAGUAAUCAGUUGACUGGUCCUAUCCCUUCAACUUUAACACAAAUUCCAAACCUGAAGACUCUUGAUCUUGCUCGAAAUAGGCUCAUUGGAGAGAUACCAAGACUCCUCUAUUGGAAUGAAGUCUUGCAGUACCUAGGGUUGCGAGGGAACAUGUUGACUGGAACUUUGUCUCCUGAUUUAUGUCAAUUAACUGGUUUGUGGUAUUUUGAUGUGAGAGGCAAUAAUUUGACUGGUACUAUACCUGACAGCAUUGGGAACUGUACAAGUUUUCAAAUCUUGGACAUAUCAUAUAAUCAAAUUACUGGGGAGAUUCCCUAUAAUAUUGGAUUUCUUCAAGUGGCUACUUUGUCACUUCAAGGAAAUAGGCUAACUGGGAAGAUUCCAGAAGUGAUUGGUUUAAUGCAAGCCCUUGCAAUUUUGGAUUUGAGUGAGAACGAGUUAGUGGGGCCAAUCCCUCCUAUUUUGGGCAAUCUGUCUUUUACUGGCAAGCUAUACCUUCAUGGAAACAAGCUUACUGGUCCAAUACCUCCAGAACUUGGCAAUAUGUCAAAAUUGAGCUACCUGCAAUUGAAUGACAAUCAACUAGUGGGUGAAAUUCCUAAUGAAAUUGGGAAGCUUGAACAUCUGUUUGAAUUGAAUCUUGCGAAUAAUCAUCUUGAAGGAUCUAUUCCACAUAACAUAAGCUCCUGCACUGCCUUAAAUCAGCUUAAUGUGUAUGGAAAUCAGUUAAACGGAUCCAUUCCAUUGAGCUUCCGCAACCUUCAGAGUUUGACAUACUUAAAUCUCUCUGCAAACAACUUCAAGGGCAAUAUACCGGUUGAGUUGGGCCAUAGCAUAAAUCUUGAUACGCUGGAUUUAUCUAGCAAUAGUUUUUCUGGGCAUAUCCCAGCUUCUGUUGGUUAUCUAGAGCAUCUUUUGACCCUGAACUUGAGUCAUAACUACCUUGGUGGUCCCAUGCCUGCUGAAUUUGGGAAUCUCCGAAGCAUACAGACUAUUGAUAUGUCGUUCAACAAUCUGUCCGGUAGCAUUCCUUCGGAAACUGGUCAGCUGCAGAACCUUGUUUCCCUGAUUUUGAACAACAACAACCUGCGUGGGAAGAUUCCUGAUCAACUGACUAAUUGUUUCAGUCUUUCCUCUCUGAAUUUUUCAUAUAAUAACUUUUCUGGAGUCAUUCCUUCUGUGAAGAACUUCUCUCGCUUUUCCGCUGACAGCUUCAUUGGAAAUCCUUUUUUAUGUGGAAAUUGGUUAGGAUCAAUAUGUCGUCCUUACGUACCCAAAACUAGAGAAAUUUUUUCAAGACUUGCUGUUGUAUGUCUCACACUUGGUAGCAUCAUGUUAUUGGCCGUGGUAAUUGUUGCUAUAUAUAGAUCCAGCCAAUCGAAGCAAUUAAUGAAAGGAUCCAGCAUAAAUGGGCAAGGCAUGUGUCCCCCUAAACUUGUAAUUCUUCAUAUGGAUUUGGCUAUCCACACCUUGGAUGAUAUCAUGAGAAAUACUGAGAAUCUCAAUGAGAAAUAUAUCAUAGGGUAUGGUGCCUCUAGUACUGUAUACAAGUGUGUUUUGAAGAAUUCCCGACCAAUUGCAAUUAAGCGAUUGUACAACCAGCAUCCACACAAUUUAGGGGAGUUUGAGACGGAACUUGAAACUAUUGGGAGUAUUAGACAUAGAAACCUUGUCACCUUGCAUGGUUAUGCCCUUACUCCCCAUGGGAAUCUCCUUUUCUAUGACUACAUGGCAAAUGGCUCUCUGUGGGAUCUUCUUCAUGGUCCCUUGAAGGUAAAACUUGAUUGGGAAACACGCUUGAGGAUUGCUGUUGGUGCUGCUGAAGGACUUGCUUAUCUCCAUCAUGAUUGCAACCCUCGAAUAGUUCACAGGGACAUAAAGUCUUCAAAUAUUCUGCUGGAUGAGAACUUUGAGGCUCACCUCUCUGAUUUUGGCACGGCAAAAUGCAUCUCAACCACAAGAACUCACACAUCAACCUAUGUUCUUGGAACUAUAGGUUACAUUGACCCUGAGUAUGCCCGAACAUCUAGGCUGAAUGAAAAAUCAGAUAUAUAUAGCUUUGGCAUUGUUCUGCUAGAGCUACUUACUGGGAAGAAGGCAGUGGACAAUGAAUCUAACUUGCAUCAAUUGAUAUUGUCCAAGGCAGAUAACAACACUGUAAUGGAGGCUGUGGAUCCAGAGGUCUCCAUUACCUGCAUUGAUAUGACCCAUGUUAAGAAGACCUUUCAGCUUGCUCUGCUAUGCACAAAAAGGAACCCUUCUGAGAGGCCUACCAUGCAUGAAGUUGCCAGGGUACUGAUAUCACUCCUUCCUGCACCACCCAGUAAAAAAAUCCUUGCUGCUCCUGCGAAGACGUUUGAUUAUGGGCAUUUUGUGAUUGAGAAGGGACAGCAACAAUCCAAAAUGGAAGGGCUACCACCUCAGCAGGACAAUAAUUCAUCCAAUGCUCAGUGGUUUGUUCACUUUGGGGAUGUUAUAUCCAAGAACACCUUCUGA